GUCAGUUUACGCGCCAAGCUUCAAAUAAAAGCAUCCUACUCGCAUCGAGCGGAUGCCGUCGCACUUUAUUUUAAUUAAAACACCAUCCCGAUUGUAAUUUUUGUUUUUGUUUUAUUGGUUUAUUGCGCUAAAAAUAUUCUUUAGUGUGUGACCGAAUUGCGUGACCAUAAAAUAUAUUUCUAAAUUCAGAAUUGUGGAGAACAUGACUAGCGCCAGAAGGACCGAUAGAAAUUGUUUGAAAAUGUUGUGUGGAAAUUGGAUUUUUGUGUUGGUUGUUUUUUGUUCAAUGCAUGAAAUUGACACACUUAAAGAUGUUAAAGCACUGAUACCACUAGCUGUCCAUGCUAAUGAUUUUGUAACGCUUCGAUGUGAAUUUAAUUUGGAGCAAGACACCCUGUAUACAGUGAAAUGGUAUAAAGGAACUCAUGAAUUUUUCAGAUAUGUUCCCAAAGAGGAUCCACAAAUGCAGAUUUUUCCUUUGCCAGGAAUCAAAGUAGAUCUAAGUGGAAGUUCAAUGCAUUACGUGUCCUUACUCAAUCUUCCACCAGAGAGUUCUGGUAAAUAUCUUUGCGAGGUAACAACAGAUUCUCCAGAUUUUCUUACAAGAAUAGCCUCCGGAUAUAUGUAUGUGAUAAAUGUUCCUGAAGAAUCUCCAUCAAUGGAAAUCACAAGAGUUGAUGAAAAAAUUAUAGCCAACUGUACAACUCCACCGUCGUAUCCACCCAUGAACGUUUCAUGGUUUCUCAAUGGAAUUAGGGUCCCUGAAAGUAGUAGAAGAUCAGUGCGUUUGGAUCCGUAUUCAACAAAAAGAGAAACUCCUACUAUGAUUGUGACACAUUUGGAGAAGGAAAUUGAUGAACAUUUAUUCCAGGGUGGUGUGAUAAGGGUCCGAUGCAUGGCUACAUUAUUCAAUUUAUACGCAAGCGAACAUGUAUACACGAUACACGAUAACAGUCCACAGCCAUGGCAAUCUUCAAUAAGCUUUACAGAAGGACACCCUGGCUAUCAUUCAGGUUCUAAUAAUAGAAUGCAGACUGAAAUUCAAAUAAUUGUUAUGCUCUUGCAGAUUGUGGCGUUUUUGCUUUUAAAUUAUAAUUAAAAUUUCUUGAGCUGCAAAUACAAAAAUGUCUAUUUGACAAGAAAAAUAAGAUAAGUUGUGAGUACAGUCAUUUAUACAAAAACUCAAGGUGGGACAAUACAAGCAAUAAACAUUAUUCUAAUAAUAAUUUUAAAAACUGAUUGAAACGGAAGACUGUACACAGACUAAUACUGUAUGUAAAAUGGUAGGUAACUAAAGUGGUAGUUGUAAAUAAACAUAUAAAUAAAAUCUUAUGUAAUGUGAUGUGAUAUUUUUGUAAUAAGGUAUGUGUCUUAAGUAUAAGUAAUAAAGGAUGGCCACUAUAAUUUUGUAGUUUUUCAUUUCAACAUAAGUCCAAUUUACUUGAGAAAAAUGGGUAAUUAUAUUUAAGCUCAAUAAAUACUCCAUUACCGGAAUAAAUACUCCAAUAAUAAUUAUUCAGGAAUGAAUUCCUUGAAGACUAUAUACAGUUAGUGUGAAGUUAUCCAUAAAAUCUCAGCCAUGAAACUAACGAAUCGCGGUUAGGCCUACUUUUUACUAUACCGGCCGGACUCUCAUAGAUUCUUGGGGCUGUUUGUGCUAUAUUGGAAAUAACUAUGAAUUUUAGCUACUAGUCCUAGCAAUAAACAAAAAUUAGUUUUGUGUAAUGCCCCGCCGUCUGAGUGUAAAGACUACAAUCGAAAAUCAACAAAAAUCGGGACUUUCUUAGGAUUUUUAAUUUUUUUUCAGAUACUCAGAAGGCGGGGCAUUACACAAAACUAAUUUUUCUUGAUUUCUAGGGGUGGUAGAUAACAGGUGUAGCUAUUUUCGAAGCGGCACAAACAACCGUGUAGAGACUAACUACAAUCGAAAAUUGAGAAAAAUCACGACUUUUUUAGGGUUUUUAAUUUUUAUGAGACACUCAGACGGCAAGGCAUUACACAAACCUAAUUUUUCUUGAUUUUUAGGAGUGGUAGCUAACAUGUGUAGCUAUUUUCGAAGCGGCACAAGCAACCGUGUAGAGACUACAAUCGAAAAUUGACAAAAAUCACGACUUUUUGAGGGAUUUUAAUUUUUUUGAUACACUUAGACGGCGGGGCAUUACAUAAAAUUAAUUUUUAUUGAUUGCUAGGAGUAGUAGCUAUAAUGUAUAGUUAUUUUGGAAGCGACACAAAUAAUCGUGUGGAGACUACAAUCAAAAAUUGAUAAAAAUCACGACUUUUUAGGGUUUUUAAUUUUUUUGAGACACUCGGACGGCGGAGCAUUAUACAAAAUUAAUUUUGGUCGAUCGCUAGUAGUAGUAGCCUACAUUCAUAGCUAUUUCUAAUAUGGCACAAACAGCCCUUAGAAUAUAUGAGAAUCCGGCCGGUAUAAUAAAAAGUAGGCCGCGAUUCGAUAGUUUUAUGGCUGAGAUUUUAUGGAUAACUUCACACUAACGACUAUACAAGGUUACUUCGUUACUAACAAAUAUUCAUGGCAUAUCCAAUAUUUCCCAGAAUAUAACUGAUACAUGAAAUUUGUAGAUAAUUCCAAAGUCUUAUUCAUUUGAUGAUGUCGGUAGAACAUUCUGUGAGCAUUCGCUACUAUACUAUUUGGGUUAACAAUAUUAAACAACCGAUUUUGUUAAUUAUUUUGGUACAUAGGAUAAACACUUGAUUGGCAGAUACAUCCUUUGUUACCUUCCUCCUAGCAUUUUUCCAAUUUGAAUUUUUUCAAAGUAAUUAUACCUAUAUCUAUACAUACUCACUUCUUACUUAAUAUAGGUGUAAUUAUAUCUACUUAACAAUACCUACAUAUACAGUAUAAGGUAUGUAAGUAGGUAUAUGAAGUACAUAAUUUUAUAUUGAAAUGGCUACCAAUAUGGCGUAUUUAACUUUAAAGUCAAUAUAAAACUUAAGCUUCAACUCAAAGAUGAUUGAAUAUUGCCACUACUCCAUUAUUCUGUAUAGGUCUACCUAAAGUGAAUUACGCACUGUAAAACAGUCAUUGUCACUGAAAAUCUACAAAUAUUACAAAAAAACAGCCAUGAAAAUUAUUUUAUUUAUUUUAUUCUAAUGACAGUACCUAAGUAUACCUAUGUUUGUAGAAACCUACAUAAUAUAUAAAUUUCCUUUGAAUUUGGCAAUAGGUAGAUACCAUGUCAAACUCUUACAGCGUUCAAAUAAACAUCCCCUUCAAGAGUCAAUAAAACACUUUUGGCAAUCUUCAUUGGAAGUUCAGUCUUUUCAUUUAAGGUCAAUUUAUAUUUUCGAAUUACAGUUAUAAGUCCAAUUUUUGUCUGUAGCAUUCCAAGUCUCAACC